CCAUCACUCUACUGCCAUUCCCAUGGAGGAGUUCACGGUGCGGUACUACGAUUUGUGCUUAUGCCUCUUCUUGGGUCUCCUCUUCUAUGCCGUCCUACGCGCCAUUUUCGGCAGCGGCACCAAGCAGCGCCGCUUGAGGCUGCCUCCCGGCCCGUGGCAGCUGCCGGUCAUCGGCAGCCUGCACCACCUAGUGCGCGGGCUCCCGCACCGCACCAUUCGUGACCUCUCCCUCCGCUACGGCCCAUUGAUGCAGCUCCGGGUGUGUGAGCGUCUGGCCAUCGUCGUCUCCUCCGCCGAGGCAGUGGGGGAGAUCUACAAGGGUAACGAGGCCCUCUUCUCGGAGAGGCUAAGUAGCCCGGGAAUCGAUGAGCUCUCGAGGCAUGGCCAAGGGAUCGUUUUCGCGCCCUACGGAGACCACUGGCGCCUGCUUCGCCGGAUCCUCAUGACCGAGCUGCUUAGCGCGCGGCGCGUCGAGGCGUUUCGACGCAUCAGAGAGGAGGAGGCGGCCCGCCUCGUAUGGUCCGUUCAGGCGGCGUCACCGCCUUCUGGUGGCGGACUCGUGAACAUCAACGAGCUGCUCGACGAGUUCAUGACAGACUCGGUUGUGCGCGCCAUCUUCGGCGACAAACUGCCCGACAGAGCCGCGUUCCUGAGGACUGUCAGGCAAGGAGUGCAGCUGUCGUCGCUGUUCGAUCUCAGGGACCUCUUCCCUUCAUCGCGGCUCGUGCGGCUUCUAUCACGCAGAGGCAGCAAGGCGGAGCGGCAGCGUCUAGAGGCGUUCAGGCUCAUGGAUAACAUCCUCAAGGCUCACGAAGAGAGGAGGGUGGCCAGAGAUGAAGACCACGAACAGGACCUGGUCGACGUGUUGCUGAGUAUGCAGAGAGAAGGCGCCAUGCGAGUUUCGCUUACCGACGGAGUCAUAAGGGCAGUGCUGCUGGAUGUCUUUGGUGCAGCACUUGACACCACAACGACUCUUGUGCAAUGGGCGAUGGCCGAACUAAUGGCGAACCCAAGGGUGAUGUUGAGGGUGCAAUCAGAGACACGAAUCGUUCUCACCGGACAAUCCACAAUACAAGACUCUACGCUAAAGGACAUGGAUUACCUCAAGGCAGUUAUCAAGGAAACGUUGCGUCUACACCCUCCCGCCUCUUUCUUUACUAGAGUGUGCCUGCAGGAUUGCAAGAUUCAUGGGUAUGACGUGCCAAGAGGGGCAACUGUACUCACCAAUAUAUGGGCGAUAUCUAGGGACCCAAAGUACUGGGAUGAACCAGAGAUGUUCAGGCCGGAGAGGUUCGAAGGCGACAUCGAUAUCAAUUUUAGAGGCAUGGAUUUUGAGUUCACUCCUUUCGGGGUUGGGAGGAGGAUUUGUCCGGGGAUAGAUUUUGCCCAUGCAACUAUUGAGAUGGCUCUGGCUAGCCUUCUUUACCAUUUUGAUUGGGAUCUACCCAAAGGAGUUGAAGUAGAGAAAAUAGACAUGACAGAGGUGUUUGGAGCCACUCUUAACAGGAAAGCCGAUCUAUUUCUGCGUCCAAUUCCUUAUGUUCCUCUGUAGAUGCCUGAUCGCCUCUAGAUAAAUAAAGAUGUGUUAAAUCACAUGCUCUUAAAACAGAGGCAUGCGACUUAUAUAUAUGCAUAUAUUAAGCAUUAUUAUGUAAUAUAUAUAUAUAUAUAUCAUUGUAUUGUGUACUUCCACCAAGAGCGGUUCAAUAUGCAUAUAUAAGAAAAUAGCAGGUAAUCCUAUGCCCAUACCCUCCUGGACACAUAUUGGUUUCCGGGGGAAAUGUCUUUAGCAAUGCCCGAUAAGGCAAUAUGAUACGGGGCGACCUUCUGUCUUCAUCGCAUCAUGUGCUUCAUCGCCAACAUGUCACGCAAAGGUGAAUCUUCUCCUUUAUGCGUGCCUACAAUCGCCUAUAUGGAACGGUAUACUACUUCAUACUCUGUCAAAUCUUGAUGAUAGGAACUCGACGACAAUUACGGAGGGAAGGGAGGAUGGCAUGGAGACCCGAGGAUGCAAGGCCGAUGUCACGGAAGCAUGGAAGAGAAGGAGGAAGAGGAGAUGGACGCUCCAGACCGGUACUACCGCCCAUCACGGCCGGUACUACUGCUCUCACCAACCGGUAUUACCGGGUGACAUAGGCAUCCCCAAUGGGCCUGCCGAAGAAGGUACCCGGUGUUUACUGAAGGCCCACGACCCGAAGAUCACAAUGCCCGGAAGCCCAAUAAGGCGUUGAUAUGGAAGAUAGAGAUAUAUUAGGAAUAGGGACUUGUAAUUAUACGGGGCGAACUCAAAGAGUCUCCCGCUGUUUGUAACUUGUACAUCGCAAAAUCCUCGGCUCCACCUCCUAUAUAAGGGGGAGUCG